AUGAAUGUAGAUGUUUUGAUUGAGACCGAAGUCGUGAGAGUUGGUGAAAGGGAUGUGGCGGGGCAUAUGGUUGGAGAAAAUGAUGGAGUAAUUUGGUUUAGAAGGGUGGGAUUGGACAAUAAUGCAGGGGAAGAAGGGAUAAGGGUUGGGCUGAGCAAGGUGAUUGUGGAGAGGAUGAAAUGGGAGGAGGAAAGAGUUGGGUGGAGAAGUGGUGAAGGUGGGAAGAAUAGGGUGAAGAAAGUUGAGGAGUUUGGAGGUGGCGGUGGCGGUGGAAUGAACAAUUGGAAGAGGUUUGGGUAUUUUGUGUUGGUUGAGAGAUUUGUGUUGAGGAGAAUGGAUGGUGAUUUUCUGAUGAGUUAUGAGUUUAAGCAUAUUCAUCAAUUUAGGAAAAAAUGGGAGUAG